ACAUGCCAGCAUUCAGUAUUCGACAUCACCGAGAUGGAGUUCUAUUCGAGCGAUGGACUGCUGAGUGCGGAGGUUGUCGGAUGUUCGCAGGAAACUCCAUUGAGGGCCAAGAGCUCCAGCCAGACUAACAUCUUUGACACGGGAACGAGCUCGGACGACUGCCGGUCUCGAAUCUGCACCAACAUCCUCGACCGCGGCACAAGCUGCGGAGACGCCGGCAACCCUUCUUACCAGACUGGGUUUCAAGGAGCAGCGAUGGUCACGUUUGCCCCUGGCACAUGGUUCCUCGUGAGAGCAAGUGGGGCGGUGGUCCUCAAUCAGGUCAAGGCAUACGGAAACUGGGGGGGCCGGUGGCCUGGUGACAUGAGCGUCGAGCUAUGCACGUCGGCGUCCGGAAGUUCCUGCAGCGCGAUAGCCAGCUGGAAUUGCGGCGCCCCGACGAGCAACGCGGUCCCCUGCGAUUCUGGAGUGUUCACGUAUGCGACGACGACGACGCCCGCGUCGGCGGGUGCAGGCUCCGGAGCUUCUGCGGUGGGCGACCCCCACCUGCAGAACAUCUAUGGCCAGCGGUUCGACCUGAUGAAGGCGGGCAGGCACGUUCUGAUAAACAUUCCUCGUGGAGAAGGUUCAGAACGCGCCCUACUUCGCGUGCAGGUCGAUGCGCGCCGAUUGGGUGGGCGCUGCGCGGAUAUGUACAUCCAAGAACUGAACGUGACAGGGUCCUGGGCGGAGGUGAAACGAGCCGGUGGAUAUCAUUACAGCGUUUCGCAACGUGUUGUCGAGUCUCCAGAAUGGGUUGCGUUCGGUAAGGUUGAUCUGAAAGUAGUUCUUGGAAUUUCGGACAAUGGCUUCCGCUAUCUAAACGUUCAUGUGAAGCACUUAGGCCGAGCAGGCUUUGCUGUGGGGGGUCUACUGGGUGAAGACGACCACUCCGACGUGGCGAUUCCUCCGGAGUCAUGUGCCAAGCGCUUGACUUUAGUGGACAUCUCGGAGGGAGCCCGCAAGGCUUCUUCAGCAUUUUCGGUCGCAGUCGCAACUCUCGCGUGACCAUGCCUGGGGUUUGAGGCUCCGCGAGGCACGGGAGGAGGAGGAGGAAGGCCGCCAGUAGAGCAGCAGGGCGCUCCAGCGCUCUCCUCUCUCACUGGGCCGAGCCACGCCACUGCUAUGGACGAGGAUGCCCUGCUCUGUGCACUGUCAAUCAGCAGGCGGAAACUGCGUCUGGCGGCCGACGUGCUCGACACCAACUGCCAGCCGCGAUCGCACUGUGCUGCUGGGGCCCGCCGGUGCCGCCGCUGGCCCCACGGAUGCACCAUCGGGCGGACCGCCUGGUGGCCGAGGUGCCCCGCGGACGCCUGGACCACCUCGGCGAGCUGCUCGUGCGCGUCGUGCCCCUCCAACCCGCCGUGCUCUGUGCACUGUUUCCGUCCCCGAUCCCUCC